AUGCGAACAACACACACAAUAAUAAUCGCAAUACUACUGCUCUUUGUGAGCAUAGCAGUUUUCGUCAAAGCUUCAACACAAGUGAAUUGUAGUGAGCAAAUUAAGAAGCAACCGAUGCAAUAUUGCCACAUGUUUUUAGCAAGGUAUGAGGCUGUAUCGGGAGCUAGUAUUAUCACCAAGCAACAACAAGAACAACCAAAGCAACAAGAUUCACUUCUACAACGUUGUUGUCAACAACUCGGGAAGCUAGAUACGGGAUGUCGGUGCUUGGAAAUACGUGAUUUUGUGCGUUUACAACAACGUGGAGGAUGGGAUGCUCCACGCAUGAAAAGAUUGCUUCAAGAAGCUCCAAACUUACCAAAGACAUGCCUUUUAGGAACUGAGUUGUGCCACAUCUAA